UUUUGGUUGAUUUAUUUCCUUUUAGAGAGAUAAAUAUGUAAGUUUUUUGUGUGUACAGUUCUCGGUAUUAGUUAGACUGCUUUUGUAAUGCAAUUGACACUUUGACAGAUGGAAAGAAAUAAGAGGGCCUAAAGGUAAAUUUCACAUAAUAAUAGUUAUAAACUUGCAUGCAAUUUUUUAUUAUUUUUAUAAAAUAUAAUCACAGCAUCGUAAUUUCGCUUGACUUGUCCACUCUAAAACUAGCGAACCUUUAUUAAUUUUUGUUGUUAAGUCACAUCAAGAAACUAAUUCCACCAUGCAUGUAACUAACCUUAUAACUCACAGCGGUGGCCAAAAUAAAAUUCUCAAAACACUCUUUAGUAUAUGUAAAAUUUCUACGUCAUCCAGAUUUCAUAUGGAAGGUACAUGUAACAUGGUGGGAUUUCAUCAACAAAUUGCAUCAGCCUACAUGUAUCGCUGCCUUGUUCUUAAUCUACUCAAUAUUAUUUAUUAUCAUUGUGACCAUAAUACGGGAUCUUUUGUUACCGGUAUGCAAUAUGCGCACUGUUUAUUUAAUAUACAACCAGAAACCUAUGGAAAUUAAAGAAAUUAAUAGACAUGAAAUGAUAUUACCGAAAAGGAAUGCAAUUGAAAAUAAUCACAAGGUUACCAUAUACAGUGUAAGAUGUAGUAUUGUGUUGCUGACUAUAACUAGAGACGGCAUAUGUGAAAGCUGCACUGAUUCUGAGAGUUGACUCGUCGCAACAUAGGUUACAAUGCAAAGGCCUUGUACUGAAUUAUGAGGACAAAAACUAAACUAAACCUAACUGAGACAUUAAAACAGUAAUACAAAAUAAUGACCUUACCGUGGCAGCUUAACGUCAAGGAAAUGAAUGUACAAAGUGAAAGAAGACCAACGCAACAUGCAAUGAACUCUUUGAAAAAGCACAUGCUUGACUGAUCCUAGUGCGCAUGUAUGGCCACGUUGGUCCUCAGGAAUCCCUUGUUGAGUGUAGUACGCACUCUCACAUCCUUGACUAUAACUUGUCUUGAAGUGAUAGGGUUACUACAAUGUGGAUAGCCUUGCGGCACAAAAACAAAACAAAACAAACUGUGCUCAAUCAGUGAAUAUUCAUAAUAGAUUAAAUACAUGUUCAUGUAGUAGGUAGAACAAGGCAAUCAGUGAAUUUGUGUGUGGCACCCAAGCGUAAAGGCAGGUGGUUUAGCCUUUGUUGUAAUGUUUAAAACACGGACAGCUUUGUGCUCGAAUUUUUAAACAGUGAUAAAACAUGUGCUGUGAGUGCCUGUGAACAGCGUCAAAAACACCCCCAGAGUAUUUUAUUUCCAUAGGAUCACUAAAUUAUCCAUUUUUCUUUUUGAAAUGUGUUGAUUGAAAAACAAAUGCAGACGCUUGAGUUGAGUGUCGCCAAAUCUAACCACAAUGCGACAUAAUUUGCAAUGGUAAUUUUUACAGAAUAUCAACCUGGUGAGAUUUAAAUAAACAAUUUUUUUUUAAUUCCCUCUUGAACUGCAGUUGAACUGCAAUUUGGUGCUUUCUCGGUUAGAAAACCGGUCAACGGGUACACAAUUUCUGUUUGUAUUGACAGUUUUCCCUUACAAAAAUAGUGCCUAUAUAUAUUUUACCUCUAUUUUCCAUCCUAUUUUUCUCUCUAUUUUUAAGCACUAUGAAGUGCUUUUUUAAAGAUAUUUUUAUUCAUUUUGAACCCGUUAUUUUGAAACAAAAAAUAAGAAAAAAUUAUUGUUGAAAAAUAGCCUUAAAAUAGUAUAUAAUUCUGAGAAAAAUAGUGUUAAAAUAGUCUGAAACAGAAAACUGCCAAAAUAUCAAAUAGCAAUAAAAUAGAGAAAAAAUAACUAAAAACUAUCAUUAAAAUAGAAAUAAAAUAGAAAUAAAGUAGAGGAAACUACGGAACAAAAUUGAAAUAAAAUAAACAAACAAAUAUAUAUGGGCCAGCCAAGUUUGCAUGCCACUAAGAUGACACGCAACCCACGUGAUACUCACAUGCUUUAUGCGUGACAAGAUUAUUAACUUGCCCCGCUUGUAGCCUGCGUGGCAGGCGCAAAAAGGGGAGGGAGAGGGGGAGGGAGAAAAGCACGAAAGAGGGGAAAGGGAAGGGAGCGCCUGCUAUAAGAGCGGGUGUUUUUGUAAUCUGCCCACCAUUUUCUCAACUUAUCCGAUAAUGUCACUGUCAAUACGUGACCAAUCACAAGUACAGGGCUUCUCAGCAUGGUCUGAACUUAAUUACUUUGUUUACCCAAGUUGAGACGCUUAUUUCAAGUGAUAUCAUAAUCGAGCGAAAUGAAACAUUUUUACUGUUCUUGCUCCCACAGCAAACACAACAAACAUAGACUAUGAGCAGUCUCUCAUUUUUUUACUUCUUGCAGUCUACAACAAACAAUGAUCAGUUUCGUGUGAAUACACAAGACCUUUUAUCUUACAACCUCAUCAAGCACCGUGUUGGUCACAAAGAACAGAACGCUGGCCAGCCUGUGACGCGAAUAAUGAAAGUAAAGGAGAAUAUUGUAAACAAUUGUCAAAAUUCUCAACGGAUAGUUUUUACCAAAGCUUUGAUCAGCUCUCUCUUUGCAAACCACUUAAAACUCCAUUCAAGACGGUAUAUGUUUUUGCGGAAGACGAGGUCUUUUGAAUUGGCAUUGCAGAUGUCUGGCAAGAAUCGCAAUCGCUUUGAAUCGCUGCUCAGUGUAUGGACAAAUCCAGUAUACAAAACCUCCUGAGCAUCUCUGCCUGCUAAACAAGCUGUUACAGGUUGUUUUAGUUCGGGUUUUAAUGUGAAGUUGCUACAUGAUUGGAGUAAUUUUGAUCUUCCAAAGCUUAUGCCAGUAGAACACAUUUUCUUGAUGCCUUCGUCUUGUUUGUCUCUCACACUAAUAAACGCCAGGAUACACACAAAUAAGUUACUCAUUUUAUGGCUCAGCCAAUCAGGAAUUUAGAAGUGAAUAAAAGGGGGUUCUUAUAGCAUACGUCCCGUCCCCUCUCUCCCUUACCCCCUCCCUUUUUCCCUUUUUCCCUUUUUCCCUAUCCCCUACCCCUUUCGACGCCUGCUACGCAGGCAACCCCGCUUGUGGCCUUACGGCUGUUCGCUUGGCAAGAAUAAUUCAUGGAAAAUUGAUGGUGCCGAACCAAGGCCAUGAAAUUGUCAGUUGCAAAAUUCAUGCAGACAAUGAAAAAAGAUUCAUGGAUUUUUCCUGAACAUUUCAUGGGAUUUUCAAUGAACUCAUGUUGGUAGUAAAUUUGCAAUGGAAUGAAAUCUUUCUCCAAAAACAAGAAAAAACAGUCUAUUUGUAAUCUAUUUUACCAUUUUUUUAUUCAAGAUUGUCUUGGAUAAAAUAGAAUUUUGAUAGCCUACUUUAUGUAUAUUUUCCUCAGCAAGUGGCUAUAAUCUUUCCUAUGUGCAGAAAAAUAUAAAUAAAACAGCCUAUUUUGUCACUAUUUUAGAAAGCAAUUCCAGUUGUUAGAAUUUAAAAUAGGAUUGACAUAGCCUACUUUAGCAAUUUUCAGAAUGUUAUGAGAAAACAGAAAUAAGAUAUACCACUCUCUUCUAACUUGCUUCAAAAUAGGUUUAAAAUAAAAGUAAAGCAAAUAAAAUGGAUGCUCAAUUUUCCUUGUCAGGUAAAAUACAUGUAGGAUUAAAGUAAAACUCAGUUGGAAUAAAAUAGGAUGAAAGUAGAUGUGAUAGCAUAAAGAUAGCCAUAAAAAUAUAGAUAAAUUAGGGUUGUUUUUGUAGCGGUGGUUAUAUUAGCAACUUUUCAAAACCGCCUGGCAAGUAUCUCUAUUUUUUUCACUCUUUUUAGCACUGUCCCCGUUAUUCUCUUUAAAUUCAGACAACUACAUCAAAAUUCCUUUUAUUAAACUGUUCCUAUUGGUUUGUCAUGAUGCAUGCAUCCCAUAAAUACAUUGUGUUCUUUUAUCAUUUCAAACCUUUGCUUGUUCUUUUAUGAAAAUUCUGCAGAAGUCUGUUUUUGGACUUGAAUAUAGGUGGUAAAGAGUUUGUUGCUAAAUAUCUUGUGAGUCAGGACAACAACAUAAAUUAAUGGCAGAGUGUUACAGUUAUUUAAUCAGUACUAGGUUGGUCUCUUUAAUAACAGAAGUUUCCUUCUGGUAUCAAAGACCAAAAGGUUGUGUUGUUGUCAAAUUUUCCUGUAAAAAGAAAACAUGAAAAAAAAUGCUGUCAUCGGAUCGGAUCAAAACUUGCAUAUUUUUUAAAACUACUUUUGUAAUUGUAGUAAACCUUCAAGCGGUUGCAGGUGGUAAGAAGUGUUGCUUCAAGUGGUAAAUUUUACCGUUUACCUCCUACUAAGGAGAGCACUGGUGCAUGGGGAUCAAAAGUUUGAACAUCACUGAACGUCAAUGCAGUACUAACUAUCUGUUGCUAGCCUAGUUUGAUAUACUUAGGCAAAAAAAUCGGAUGAAUUGUUUGAACAGCUAGAAUCAGGGUUUGUCUGAGCUAUGAAAAAUAUAUUCAGUUGGCCAUCGUCAUCGGCGACCUGUCUGUCUGUUCUGUUUCUUUGUUGUUUAUAGUGCUUUUUAAUCCUUUCAUACUGGCAGGUAACUUGAGGUUGGCCGACAAUGGAAGAAAAAUUAAAGUCCCUGUUUUUGGAACUUCAGGAUGUUUUUCAUCCUCAGCAUGGGCAUGAGAACAGUGUGACAAAAGAGGAAGCUAAAAAUUUGCCAACUGCUCCAAGUGACCUGGCCGUUUCCCAAGAGGAUAAAUAUGCCUUCAACUCAUUGCUUUCCUAUGUUGGAGAGACCAUUUUGAAACCAUGGAGUGAUAACCAAGCUGAGUUCCUAGUUCUGACUUGCUUUGAGGAUGAUGAUUUAAACCAAGUGAACUACAUGUCAGUCCUAAGUUCUUUUGGAUUUGCCCGAGGUGACAAAACUUCAUUGGAAAUGGUAAAAAGCUACAUUAAAAAUCACUGCGACCAAUCCUAUCCCAAUGCUCCCCUUCUGAUGAAUAACCUGGGGGUGAUGUUCAGUGAAAAUGCACUUUAUGAGGAGAGCGAAGAUUGUUUUAAUAUGGCCAAACUUUACUGUCAACAUCAGGACAACAUUAAAGAUGCAGUAAUUACUUUGAACCAAGCAGUUCUGAAGAAGACGUUGGGUAACUACAAAGAAGCGGCUAAUCUU